AAUGUGAUAUGAACAUGUUGUUUAUAAGUGAAAACAAUCAUCAUCUUAUAAACCGGUUUUGUAGUGAUGAGUUAAGUCAAACUUUAAGUCUAACAUGUUAUCAGAGUCAUCAGAGUCUGAUAUCAGGUUUCUGCUAUUGGGUCGCCCAUCAUUUAUAAACAAAAAUGAAAGAUAAAAGAAAAGGAACAACGGACAUGUUGACUAGUUCUGUAAUUAGGGAAUACUAAAUGUUUUCCAAUGAAAAUCAUGGUCUGCCUGCAUCAUCAACUUGAUAAAAUAAUCAAGUUUCAUUACAUCAUUCAAGGUUGUGAACAAACUAUUAUGAUAUUUCGAUCCUUUGACUUUUGGAGCUUGAUUUUCCAUGACACCAUUCUCGUUAUGCUAUCGGAUGAAACAAAAACAGAAAGAGAAAAACAUCUACUAGCUAUAGGAUGAUAUUUACAAAAGAACCCAACAGCAUAACUGCAAGGUAGCGGCUAGCGGCAAAUGUAAGGGAAAUGGCAGAAACUGCAGUAUCAUUGGCCUUGGAGCAGGUGUUCCAACUUCUUAGGGAAGAAACAAAUCUUCAGAGAGGUUUGCACAAAAACUUUUCUGACAUCAGAGAUGAACUAGAAAGCAUUCAAGUCUUCCUCAAAGAUGCAGAUAGAAGAGCUGCGGAUGAAGCAGACACCAACGAAGUAAUCAGAAUAUGGGUGAGGCAGCUGAGAGAAGCAUCAUUUCGCAUUGAAGAUGUCGUUGAUGAAUACCUUUGGCUGAUGCGUGAAGUCAACCCUCCUGGAUGUGGAGCUUUAGUCUACCAGAUUACAGGCUUAAUAGAAACUUUGAUUCCCCGGCAUCAGGUAGCAUCUGAGAUACAGAACAUUAUGAUGUCAAUUCGUGGGAUCAAGGAAAGAAGUGUGAGGUAUAACUUUCAAAUUUCACAAGAACCAGGAUCAUCAAGCAGCAGCAGCAACACUAGAGAGCGUGAUCCUCGACUGUCUUCCCUUUUCAUUGAAGAAACAGAAAUUGUAGGAAUCGAAGGCCCAAAAAAAGAAUUGUUAGGUUGGUUAUCGGAUGGUGCGGCUGAGCGCACAGUGAUUUCAGUGGUAGGAAUGGGAGGUCUAGGAAAAACCACUCUUGCCAAACUAGUUUUUGACAGCCAAAAGGUAACGGCAGAUUUCCAUUGCCACGCUUUCGUCACAGUUUCUCAAUCAUACACUGUGAGAGGUUUGUUGAUAAACAUGAUGGAAGAAUUUUAUAAGGGAACACAAGACCCUCUACCACAGAUGUUACACAAAAUGGAUGACAAGGCACUGAUAACAGAAGUGAGACAAUACCUGCAACAUAAGAGGUAUUUGAUAUUCUUUGAUGAUGUAUGGCAAGAAGAUUUUUCCGACCAGGUUGAACUUGCCAUGCCCAACAACAACAAAGGUAGUAGGAUCAUAAUCACCACUAGAACGAUGCAAGUUGCAGAUUUUUUCAGGAAAUCCUUUCUAGUUCAUGUUCACAACUUGCAACUUUUGCCUCCAAAUAAAGCAUGGGAACUCUUCUGCAAGAAAGUAUUUAGAUUUGAACUCCAUGGGGAAUGUCCAUCAGAACUUAAGGCUUUGUCAGAAGAAAUUGUUCAAAAAUGCAAGCAGCUACCUCUGGCAAUUGUAGCCAUUGCUGGUCUUCUUUCAACAAAACCUAUAAAAAUGGUUGAAUGGCAAAUGGUGAGUGAAAAUCUGAGACAUGAGUUAGGCCGUAAUGCCCAUUUAACAAGUCUUACAAAGAUUCUGUUGCUUAGUUAUGAUUGCCUGCCUUACUACUUGAAACCAUGCAUUUUGUAUUUUGGUUUAUAUCCAGAGGACUAUGCUAUCAAUCAUAAGAGAUUAACUCGGCAAUGGAUAGCUGAAGGGUUUGUCAAAUCGGAAGGAAGAAGGACUCCAGAGCAAGUUGCUGAGGAGUACUUGUCUGAAUUAAUUCAGAGAAGUCUGGUUCGGGUCUCUAAUGUUGGCUUUGAAGGGAAAGUUCAAACAUGUCGAGUCCAUGAUUUAAUCUGGGAAGUGCUCAAUAGAAAAAUGAAGGAUUUAAGUUUCUGUCAUCGUAUGCAUGAAGAUAGCGAGUCAACAGCAGUUGGAAAAACUAGACGCCUGUCUAUAACCACUGGUUCCAACAAUGUGUUGAAAAGCACUAGCAAUUCACGUUUUCGUGCUAUUCAUGUUUUUGAAAAAGGUGGAGUGUGGGAGCCUUUCAUGGGUAAAUUGUGUUCAAGGUCUAGGAUUUUGAAGGUACUUGACAUGCAAGGUACAUCAUUGAAUCAUAUUCCUAAAAAUUUGGGGAGUCUUUUUCACUUGAAAUACAUAAACCUAAGGAAUACAAAAGUACGGGUUCUCCCUAAAUCUGUUGGUGAGCUACAGAACUUAGAGACAUUGGAUUUAAGAGAAACACUUGUGCAUGAGUUACCAAGUGAAAUAAAUAAGCUGAAAAAGUUACAGCAUCUUCUUGUUUUUCAUCGUAACUAUGAAAAAAAAUAUUCUGUUAUGGGCUUUACAACUGGUGUGGUGAUGAAAAAAGGUAUUAAAAACUUGACUUCCCUACAAAAUAUUUGUUAUGUGGAGGUAGAUCAUGGGGGGAUAGAUCUCAUUGAAGAGAUGAAAAUGUUAAGGCAGUUAAGAAAGUUAGGUUUAAGGCAUGUAAAAAGAGAACAUGGGAAUGCCUUAAGUGCUGCCGUAGUAGAGAUGCAACACCUUGAAUCACUUAAUAUCACAGCAAUAGCAGAGGAUGAAAUUAUUGACUUGAACUUUGUGUCAUCUCCACCCAAACUUCGGCGGCUUCAUUUGAAAGCUAGACUAGAGAAGUUGCCUGAUUGGAUUCCAAACCUUGAGUGUCUUGUUAAGAUAAGAUUAGGUUUGUCCAAUCUGAAAGAUGAUCCAAUGCAGUCACUGAAGAACUUGCCAAAUCUGCUGAAGCUCUCUUUGUGGGAGAAUGCCUAUGACGGCGAAAUUUUGCAUUUUCCAACCGGAGGAUUUCAAAAAUUGAGAGAACUGAUUCUAAGUCACUUGAAUAGAGUAAAUUCUAUCCUUAUAGAGAAAGGAGCUUUGCUCUCUCUUGAACAUCUUAAAAUGGAAAAGAUCCCCCAACUGAAGGAGGUACCAUCGGGUAUCAAACUCUUGGAUAAACUCAAAGUCAUUGACUUAGUUGAUAUGCCAGAUGAAUUCGUUAAGAGCAUUGAUCCAGACCAAGGACGCGACCACUGGAUUAUCAAGCAUGUUCGUCUUGUAUUCAUUCGUCAAUGGUUUGGCCCAAAAUACUAUGAUUAUGAGAUUCGCACUAUAAACUCAUCUUCCGAGGAGGCCAUGGCAGAAACUGCAGUAUUGUUUGCCCUGGGGGAAGUUUUCCAAUUCCUUAAAGAAGAAACAAAUCUUCUGAGAGGUGUACACAAAGAUUUUUCAGACAUCAAAGAUGAACUUGAAAGCAUUCAAGUCUUCCUCAAAGAUGCAGACAGAAGAGCUGCGGAUGAAGCAGACAUCAAUGAUGGAAUAAGAACAUGGGUAAAACAUUUGAGAGAAGCAUCAUUUCAAAUUGAAGAUGUCAUUGAUAAGUAUCAUUGGCUGAUCCAUAAGGAUAAUACUCCUGGAUGCGGAUCUUUAGUCUGCAAGGUUGCAAGUCGAAUCAAAACUGUGAUUCCCCGUCAUCAGAUAGCAUCUGAGAUUCAGGAUAUUAAGUUGUCUAUUCGUGGAAUCAUGGAAAGAAGUGAAAGAUACAACCUUAAAAUUUCACAUGAAUCUGGAUCAUCAAGCAGCAACAACAGCACGGGAGUGACAGAAAAUGGAAGAUGGUGUGAUCCUCGAUUGUCUGCCCUUUUCAUUGAAGAGACGGAAAUUGUAGGAUUUGAAGUCCCGAGAGAGAAAUUGUAUGGUUGGUUAUUGGAGGGCACAGCUGAGCGCACGGUGAUUUCAGUGGUAGGAAUGGGGGGUCUAGGAAAAACCACUCUAGCCAAGCUAGUUUUUGACAGCCAAAACGUAACAUCACAGUUUGAUUGUCGUGCUUGCAUCACAGUUUCUCAAUCAUACACUGUGAGGGGGUUAUUGAUAAACAUGAUGAAGCAAUUUUGUAGGGAUUCCAAAGACCCUUUUCUACAGAUGUUACACAAAAUGGAUGACAAGUCACUGAUAACAGAAGUGAGACAAUACCUGCAACAUAAGAGGUAUUUGAUAUUCUUUGAUGAUGUAUGGCAAGAAGAUUUUUCCGACCAGGUUGAAUUUGCCAUUCCUAACAACAACAAUGGUAGUAGGAUCAUAAUCACCACUAGAAUGAUGCAAGUUUCAGAUUUUUUCAAGAAAUCCUUUCUAGUUCAUGCUCACAACAUGGAACUUUUGCUUCCAGAGAAAGCAUGGGAACUCUUCCGUAAGAAAGUAUUUAGAUUUGAGUUUGGUGGGCAUUGUCCGCCAGAGCUUGAGGCUAUGUCAAAAGAUAUUGUUCGAAAAUGCAAGCAGCUACCUCUGGCAAUUGUAGCCAUUGGUGGUCUACUUUCAACAAAAUCUAAAACCAUGAUUGAAUGGAAAAAUGUGAGUGAAAAUCUGAGCCUGGAAUUUGGACGGAAUACCCAUUUAACUAGUCUAACAAAGAUUUUAUCUCUCAGUUAUGAUGGCCUGCCUUACUAUUUGAAACCUUGCAUUUUGUAUUUAGGUAUAUAUCCAGAGGACUACUCUAUUAAGCAUAAGAGAUUAACUCGGCAAUGGAUAGCUGAGGGUUUUGUCAAAUCUGAUGAGAAAAGAACUUUAGAGCAAGUUGCAGAGGAAUACUUGUCGGAAUUGAUUCACAGAAGUCUGAUUCGGAUCUCAUAUGUUGGCUUUGAAGGGAAAGUUAAAAUGUGUCAAGUUCACGCUUUAUUUCGGGAAGUGAUCAUUAGAAAAAUGAAGGAUUUAAGUUUUUGUCAUUGUGUGCAUGAAGACGGUGAGUCAAUCACGGUUGGAAAAAGUAGACGCCUAUCUAUAGCUACAAUUCCCAACAAUUUGUUGAAGAGCAAUAACAACUUGCAUUUUCGAGCUAUUCAUGUUUUUGAAAAUGGUGGAUCAUUGGAGCAUUUUAUGGCUAAACUGUGUUCACAGUCUAGGACUUUGAAGGUACUUGACAUUCAAGGUACAUCAUUGAACCAUAUUCCUAAAAACUUAGGUAGUCUUUUUCACUUAAAAUACAUAAACCUAAGUUAUACCAAUGUAAAUGCUAUUCCUAAAUCUGUUAGUGAACUACAGAACUUAGAGACAUUAGAUUUAAGAGAAACACUUGUGCAUGAACUACCAAGUGAAAUAAACAAGUUGACGAAGCUGCGACACCUUCUUGUUCUCCAUCGUAGCUAUGAAGCAAAGUAUUCUGUUUUAGGCUUUACAACUGGCGUGCGGGUGGAAAAAGGUAUUAAAAACUUGACUUCCCUACAAAGUCUUUAUUAUGUAGAGGUAGAUCAUGGAGGCGUAGAUCUCAUUCAAGAGAUGAAAAUGUUAAGGCAGUUAAGGAAGUUAGGCUUAAGGCAUGUAAGAAGAGAACAUGGUAAUGUCAUAGGUGCUGCAGUAGUAGAAAUGAAACACCUUGAAAAUCUUAAUAUCACUACGAUUGCUGAGGAUGAAACAAUUAACUUGAACUUUGUCUCAUCUCCACCUCAACUUAAGCGGCUUCAUUUGAAAGCUAAGCUAGAUACAUUGCCUAAUUGGAUUCAAAAACUUGAUUAUCUUGUUGAGAUAAAGCUGGCUUUAUCUAAGUUGAAAGAUGAUCCAUUGCAGUCACUGAAAAACUUGCCAAAUCUGCUGAAGUUCGGUCUAUCUGACAAUGCGUAUGAUGGUGAAACUUUGCAUUUUCCAAAUGGAGGGUUUCUAAAACUUAAGAGACUGAACCUCAGUCGCCUGAAUAGCGUAAAUUCCAUUGUUAUAGACAAAGGAGCCUUGCCCUCUCUUGAAUAUACUAAAAUGGAUAAAAUCCCCCAAGUGAAGGAGGUACCCUUUGGCAUCAAGAACUUGGAUAACCUCAGAGAGAUUUACUUCACUGAUAUGGCGGCUGAAUUUACUGAGAGCAUUGAUCCAGACAAAGGACAAUACUACUGGAUUAUCAAGCAUGUACCUCUUGUAUUCAUUCGCCACUGGAUUGGUCCAAACUUACUUGAUUAUAAUAUUCACACUAUUCACUCACCCUCGAAGGAGUCACAAACAAAUUGAGAAUGCUCUGGCAUCUAGAAAGCUUCAAAAUAAAAAGUGCCAAUGUGAGCAGAAAUUCAAAUUCUCCAUGUCACAAAUCAAAGAUGACGCAUUUUGUUCUUCAUUCCAUCUAUGGUGCUUGAAUUCAAAAUGUUUUCUUCUCAUCCUGAAAUGUCAAGGAAAAUGUGGAUUCAGUUAACCGAGUAACUUCGGCUUUUCUUUUUUAUUUUUCUUAUUUGUGGUGUUGUAUGAAACUAUGAUUUGGCUAUAGAAACUUUCAUUCAAAACCUUGUAAUCAAGACCUAUAUAUGGACUCCAUUCGGAAGCCAUUUUGAAAUUUCUUUUUUCUUUUUGCCAUUUGUGAUGUUUAAGGUUGGUGGGAGCUUUUCUUCAACCCGUGUAAUAAUCAAAACCUCUUCAUUUGAAUGAAUAUUUUAUUUUGCUAACCAAGAUAAAUGCUACGAUCAAUAUCUAGCUGUAAACUUAGAUGCCUGAUUAAUUUUAAGCUAAUCAGGAGCACACGUAUGUGUCUCCGCUAGCUAGCCAGUUCAAUCCAUCAUUUCCUCGUCAACUAAGAUCGACGCUACGACGUUGUAAACCUAGAUGCCUGAUUAAUUUAAAGCUAAUCAGAA